AUGCACGACGCGUCGUCGCAGCCUGUGAGCGAGACUCAGUUGGACGGGUUUCAAGAUUCUCAGGCGGCUGCUUCACUGGCCCUCCCCAGCGACUCGUUCCGCCAUGAAGACAUGCUCGGGCUCGACGCCACCGGGGCCCCCACCAAGGAGGAGGUGGUGAAGUACGACCCACAGGCCCGCAGCGAUUGGCUCGGCAAGAGAGGCAAGGCGGGCUGCUUCGGGAAGCAGCAGAUCGUGGACCUCGAGGCCACGGGCGACGGGAAAACUUGGCAGAGCCCGCGCACAGCGGACGGCAGACCGGUCGUGCGCCCGUCGCGGGCCCGGCAGGCGCCCACUCCCACGUCGGAGCUCCCGGCGAGGCCUCCCGCAGUCGAGGCGCCGCCCACUAUGGAGGAGGACACGGCUACCAUGCCGCCAGCGGCGGCGCUGGUCUUCGCUGAGAUGACGAGCGGCAAAGUUAAGCUCCCCGUCCACGCGAAGACGCGCUACUCAAUUCGCUACACAGUGGAGUUCGAGGCCGACGUAUAG